AUGAUCUGCCGUAAAAUCAACCUGAUACUCUCAAAGUAUCUUCAUAAAACAUAUCGAAAUGUUGAUUUAAAUUUAUCCCAAAAAAGAUUUUUAAAAGUUGAAAAUACGGAGGAGCAAAUUUCGUCAGCUAAAAAAGUUGAAAAAAAUUUUCGUAGAUUUUGGAAAGAAGUUUCUGUUUUAUCAAACAAAGAUAUGUAUCAGAUAGCUCUUGAUCAACGUCCAUUAAAAACACCUGGAGGCUCUCCUUUAGUUAUCCCUCGGUCGCAUAAAUAUUUAGCAAUGUUGAUUGCUGGGGAAUGGGAGUCUCAAAAAGCUUUAUUGAAACAGCAUUCAUUACCCUUGGCAUGUAAAAGCGCAAUUCUCGAUCAAAUAUUAAUUACAUCUCUUGUCGCAAGAUCAAUUGAUGCAUUUGAAAAAGACCCUUUAUCCAGGAAAGAGGCAAUAACAAGAUUAAUUCGAUAUUUUGAUACUGAUGCAGUUUGUUAUCAAGAAACUUAUCCCGAUAUUUUAGUUGAUCUUCAAAAACAAUACUGGGAUCCAACUGUGAAAUGGACUCAAGAAACUUAUGGUGUAGAAAUAAAAGUAACUAAUGGCAUUUUUGGCGCACAGCAACCAACAGAAACUAAAAAUAAGUUAUGCGCAAUAGUCGAAGAAUUUGAUAGUUUGAAGUUAUCCGCUUUUGAGCGUGCUACAAUGCUCACAAAGUCAUUUCUUCUGGGACUCGGUCUAGUCGAACGACAACUAACAGUGGAAUUUGCCUCAAAAGCUGCACAAGUAGAAACUAUAUCACAAACUAUUAGAUGGGGAAAACUCGAGGGUGCGCAUGAUGUUGAUAAUGAAUACAUUAAACUCCAACUUGGAUCUGUAGCUUGUGCCUUGAUAGUCGAUCAUUAA